AUGGGCUGUAGGAUUGAAAUUCAGGCAGCAUUUCUUCUGUCGUCCUUCGUGACCUUCUUUGGUGGACUUGCCAUCUUAUCCCUCUUCAGAUUAAUCAGGAGAAUCAUCAAACACAGGGAACGCAUGCAGAGAACAGGAAUCGUCCUGGAACUCUUCUCAUCAAAUAUCUUUAUUUAUAACCCAUUAAGAAGACUUUAUUGUUAUGGAGUAUUUCGCAAACAAAUAGAAAUGAUGCUUUCGGCCCAGACCUUCGUGGGACAAGUACUGGUGAUCCUUGUCUUUGUGCUGAGCAUUGGGUCUCUUAUCAUCUAUUUCAUCAAUUCUUCUGACUCUAUUGGAAGCUGUUCUUCAUAUGAAGACCAAACCAUCCCCAUUGAUUUGACUUUCAAUGCUUUCUUUAGUUUCUAUUUUGGGUUGAGAUUUUUGGCAGCUGGUGACAAGAUCAAGUUCUGGCUGGAGAUGAAUUCCAUUGUAGACAUCUUUACCAUCCCCCCAACAUUUAUUUCUUAUUACUUGAAGAGUAAUUGGCUAGGUUUAAGGUUUUUAAGAGCUUUGCGGCUACUGGAACUCCCUCAAAUAUUGCAAAUUCUACAAGCCAUCAAGACCAGUAAUUCAGUGAAGUUCUCCAAAGUGCUAUCAAUAUUUCUCAGUACCUGGUUCACUGCGGCAGGAUUUCUUCACUUGGUGGAGAAUUCUGGCGAUCUCUGGCUCAAAGGUAGAAACGCACAAAAUAUAUCCUAUUUCGAUUCCAUUUACCUGGUCGUAGCAACAAUGUCAACUGUUGGCUUUGGAGACGUGGUGGCCAAGACGAGCCUCGGGCGGACUUUCAUCAUGUGCUUGACCCUGGGGAGUUUGGUCCUGUUUGCAAACUAUGUCCCUGAAAUGGUGGAACUUUUUGCUAACAAGAGGAAAUACACCAAUUUCUAUGAAGUGGUCAAAGGAAAGAAGUUCAUUGUGGUUUGUGGAAACAUCACUGUUGACAGCGUGACUGCUUUCCUGAGGAACUUUCUACACAACAGGUCAGGGGAGAUCAACACCGAGAUUGUUUUCCUGGGAGAGGUCCUUCCUUCUUUGGAAUUGGAAACCAUACUUAAAUGCAAUUUGGCCUACACCACUUUCCUGUUUGGAUCUGCACUGAAGUGGAAUGAUCUGAAGCGAGCUGCGGUGGAGUUUGCCGAAGCAUGCCUGAUUUUAGCCAACCCUUUGUGCAGUGAUUCACAGGCAGAAGACACUUCAAACAUCAUGAGGGUCCUCUCUAUCAAGAACUAUUUCCCUAAGACUAGAAUCAUCAUACAGAUUCUUCAGUCACAUAAUAAGGUUUUCUUGCCCAAGAUUCCCAGCUGGAACUGGAAUAUUGGAGACAACAUCAUCUGCUUUGCUGAAUUAAAGCUUGGAUUUAUUGCCCAAGGUUGUCUGGUCCCAGGCUUGUGCACCUUUCUAACAUCUCUAUUUGUUGAGCAAAACAGAAAGCUCUCGGCAAAGGAGCUUUGGCAAAAACAUUUCUUGGAUGGCCUGAAGAAUAAAAUUCUGACUCAGCGUCUGUCUGAUGACUUUGCUGGAAUGAGCUUUCCUGAGGUUUCCAGGCUCUGCUUCAUGAAGAUGCAUCUCAUGCUGAUAGCCAUCGAACACAAAUCCCUCCUUAACGGUGGUGGCUGUGAUCUGAUACUAAAUCCACCUUCACAAGUGAAGCUGCAUAAGAAUACAUUAGGGUUCUUUAUUGCGGAAUCUCCAAUAGAAGUCCAGAGAGCCCGCUUUUACUGUUUCAAUUGUCAUGGCGACGUGCAGGAUCCCGAGCUAAUUGAAAAAUGUGACUGCAAAAAUAGUAACCAUCAGCACUUCACAGAUGGAAGGAAGAAACAAAGAACAAUCACAACAAAUAGAAAAUCAACUGCAAACAUGAUAGAAGAUCAUGACCAGCUUGAUAGCAGCGGCAUGUUUCAUUGGUGCAAAACAACUCCUUUGGACAAGGUGAUUUUGAAACGAAGCGACAAGCUGAAGCACAAGUUUCAAAACCACGUUGUAGCUUGCGUAUUUGGAGAUGCCCACUCGGCCCUGAUAGGGCUUCGGAACUUUGUGAUGCCCCUGCGAGCCAGCAACUACACUGUGAAGGAGCUGAAGGACAUCGUGUUCAUUGGGUCCCUGGAUUACCUGCAGAAAGAGUGGCGGUUUCUCCGGAAUUUUCCCAGGAUAUAUAUUAUGCCUGGCUCAGCACUGUAUUCUGGAGAUCUGCAUGCAGUCAACAUAGAGGACUGCUCCAUGUGUGUCAUCCUCGCCCCGUCACCUAAAGCAGUGAACAACCAGGCUCUGGUUGACAAAGAGACCAUCAUGGCCACUCUCAACAUCGGGUCCCUGAGAAUCAGCUCCACUCACCCCAGGCCUUGGAUGCCAGGAACCCUACCUGACUCUAAUGAAUAUAAUGGGAAAUCAAACUACCGUCGCGUCCCCAUGCUCACUGAACUGAGGAACCCUUCCAACAUCCACUUUAUCGAGCAGCUCGGUGGACUAGAAAGGAGCCUGACAGGGUUGAACCUGCAUCUCAGCACUUCCUUUUCCACAGGCGCUGUCUUUUCUGGCAACUUCCUGGACUCCCUUCUGGCCACAGCUUUCUACAAUUACCGGGUCCUGGAAUUCCUGCAAAUGCUGGUGACAGGAGGGAUCAGCUCUCAGUUGGAACAGCAUCUGGAUAAAGAGAAGUUUGGCAAGAUGUCAAACACUUGCACCACAUUUGUGUCUGGAAGAAUGCGGUGUAAGCUAGGGUUGUUGUCCUUAAACCGAACUAUUUUAUCAGACAUUAAACCAAGAAAAACCUUUGGACAACUGUUCUGUGGCUCAUUAGAUAAUUUUGGAAUCCUAUGUGUUGGCCUCUACCGCAUGAUAGAUGAUGAGGAGAACAACCCAGAACACAAAAGGGGAGUAUUUUAGUUUGUGAUUACUCGGCCAACCAAUGAGUUUAAGCUGCUGUCCUCAGAUCUUGUAUUUUGUGCUAUCCCUUACAACACUACCUGUGACAAAAAGCGUGAUGUUUCUGCAUCUCAAACUCAGUAUGAAAUUAUUAAUGUAGUACCACUGACACCAAACAUGCAACCAGGUAUAAACCAUCCUCCUACAAGCAACCCUGUGGAAGAGGACUCAUCACAGUCAUGGAUUUCCUCAGCACAGCUCUGAAGUCAAGAACAUUCUGAGUUUCUAAAUUUCAGGAAGCAAUGCAGAAUCAGAGUUGCAAGUUGCCACUCCAGAAAUUUCUAGAUGAAAAAGAAAAAGAAAAAGGAAAGGAAAACAUGAAGGAACUUCUAAGUGAGGAUACUCUUCAUAUUCUACACUAAACUAGACCUAUUAACAUUUUUCACAGGGUAUCGAGCUGCUCCUUACAAGGCAUCUCUAGUGAUAAAGACUUAGAAGCAGGAAAAUAAAA